ACCAGCCUGCUCUCGUCACCAAUCGCAUCGCAAUCAUGAAGAUUCUCACAAAGGAAGAGGAGGAGGCGCAUUACUCGGCCGUCCUUAAGGGUGGCUUCAUUGGAGGCAGUCUUGGUCUCACAGUCGGUCUUGGAGGUGUUUUCCUUGCCUCAAGGCGAUACCCUGCUUUCCGCGGCCUCACUCUUCCCUUCAGGACCUUCCUCGUCACAUCUGCCGGUACUUUCGGCGCCAUCAUCAACGCCGAUCGCUGGUCCAUGGAUUUCCAGAAGAAGCAGAACCCCAUGAACUUCUAUGAGGACCAGACCCAGCGCGCGCAGCAAAUUGUUCGCGAGAACCAGACCGCAAUGGAGCGGUUCAUGGAGUACGGAAAGGAGAACCGCUACUCAAUCGUCUUCGUCUCAUGGCUGGCUUCCAUGGGUGUUGCCUUUGCCAUGGUCAGCCGCUCGCCCAUGAACACAGCCAACAAGGUUGUCCAGGCUCGUGUGUACGCACAGGGUCUUACUCUUGCGGUUCUCAUCAUCUCUGCAAUCUUUGAGGUGAAUGACGCCAAGAAGGGUGAGGGUCGCUGGCAGACCGUCAUGGUCGUCGACCCCAACGAUCCCGAACACAAGCGUCUUAUCGAGAAGAAGAUCCACAAGGAGGAGUAUGAGGGCCAGGACCUCUGGAAGGAUAUGGUUGCUGCUGAAGAGCGACGAUUGGCCGAAAAGAAGCAAGCCCAAGGGAGUAAGGCCUAAAUGAGCCUCUGCCUCUGGAGCGAUAACCCUACCUUAUUCAAAAUCAUUCCGCAUCACACAAUAAUCCUGAGCCGUUUAUCUUCUAAUAUUGCGUUGAACCGAAUCGAUUGAGCUUAUCUGGCGAACGGAGGAAAAUUGUACACAUACGGUGGCAAGAGAAGGAGUUUCACGAAGCGUCGAGCCAAGGAGCAAAUGGAGGCCAUUGUUAUAUGACAGUCUAUAGAGCAAAAAAUGUUCGUUUGUGUUUUUCUACAUGAGCUCUCAUCCAUUCCGUGGAAGACAUGAUGACCUGAAGAUUAUUUGGGGGUAGCCUUUGGCUGGAACUUCAAAUUGCUUCCAUUGUACCAUAGUUAGCCAUGCCUACAGCAUAUCACCUACACAACCUGUACACGCCAAAUUUAGAAACUCAGAAAAGAUGAUCCAGCAUCUGAAAUUUCUCUAUACUGGGUAAACAAAAGAUCUACACCGUCGACUCCCUGCUAGCCCCCUCGUCAAGGAUCCAGUUACCGUCCCAUAACAACAAAUCAAUUAGUAAAACACACUGUGAUAUAUCCAAAAAGAGCUGCAACGUCUUACGAUUACACUUCGAUGGUGAAGUGACUAAUCUGCGAGUAAUACGCAUGAACAGCCAGCUCUAGCAGCAUAACAUCGCCAAACACCUCGCUUCCAUCAAACCCUCCAAUAAUGAUGAGCCGGCUGUCAUACAGCACCGUCCCGUGAUAGCCACGGCCCGAAGGCGCUUUUCCAUAGACCUUGCGCCUGUCCCAUGUCAUCGUAACCAGGUUCAGGAGUAAGACGUCGUUGGAAUACUCGCUUCCGUCGUGUCCGCCGAUAACGAAGAGAUAUGAGCCGACUAUUGUGGCCGUAUGUGACAGGCGACGAAAAGCAACGGGUAUGGCCACAGCUUUCCACACUUGUGCGUCAACAUCGUAUACCCAUACGUCGUCAAAGCAUUCACCGCCAUCUGAACCACCAAAAAUGAUGAGUUUGCUGCCCACCAUAUUGGCAGUGUGGUAGCCCCUUGCUUUGGGUCGGUAAUCUUUGGUCCCAGGACUCGCCUUGUCGGAACUUGAGACCAACCGCCACGACAUCUUGUUGACAUCGGCAACGUCCAAUCGCCAGAUAUCAUUCAAGGCCCGGACGCCAUCACCGCCACCAAAAACGUAUAGACCGUUCUUGUACAGACAAGCAGUAUGCGCUCUUCGCUUUGAGGGCAUCUUAUCUCCUAUAAUCUUCGGCUUUGUCCACCGGAAGUUUGUUGUAUCCAAAACAUAAACAUCGUUGUAGUACUCCGGACCGUCGCCCCCACCAAACACGAUAAGCUUCUUGCCAACAGCAGUGCACGUCAUGGCCCUCAGAGGAACAGGUAUAUCGCCAACGACAUAAGGUAUAGUCCAAUGAAAGGAAUCCGCAUCCAGCACAUAGAGAUCGUUGAAGCACGUUCUUGAGUCGCAGCCGCCAAAUACAUAUACGUUUGAACCAAUGAUAGUUGUUGUAUGUGCUCGCAACGAGGUGUGAGAAGCGCCUGACACGGGUGCCCUGGACCAGUACAUACCCGAUGCGGGAGCCACGUCGACUUUGGGAGAUGUUUUUGGGUCCGGAAGUAAGGGGUAUGGCGUGUAUUCCUCAUGGAAUGUGCGGGAUCUAUGCGAUCCGUAUCGUGCGGCUGCUUGUGCGGUUGUCCGACUGGUUAUGGCGGAUGUCGACCGUGAAGCGGUAGGCCGCCGCGUACGUCUGUCUCCUUCGCUCGACGCAUCCCCGGCGUUGUUUGAUAAAGCAGGCGGUGGUUUGUAGGUCGCUGUUUUCGAGGUCGUGGAGGUUCCCUGUGAGGCGGUUUGUGAUGCGGAUUGGGAGCGUUGUCGGAUGGAAAGAUCCGAGGGUUUCCGGCGAUUCGCUUGUAUGCUUUUGCUGGCGAGAUGGCCUGGUGUAUGACUCCUUGGCAAGGGCAUCUGAUCGCUUGACUCGUCAUCGUCGUCGGAAUCGUCGUCGACAAAGCUCUGCCCUCGCAUUGGGGCUGCUGGAGCUGGUGAUCUCUGCUGUGGUUGAGCACCUCUUGUCUUGAGAAGUGACUUAUCGGGAGACCUCCGUGGAUCCGCCAUGACUUCGUAUGCUCUUCCUCAUUGCCCGUAGACGAGAUCUUGAGCUUGUGACUUGGACCGGGCGAGGUGGGGGAAGAGAUGAGCAGGAGUGGAGGGCAAAGACCACUUUAUACGUGUACAAGUGGACAGAGACAAUGAAAGAAAAAGCAAUCAAUUAGGAACAGUUUUCAUUUGGUGAUGCGCCAAAACAGUAAAGCGAGGAGAGGGCAGACGAGCUGUAGACGGUGACAAUGGCAGCAAAGGAAUGAUCCAUAUGUCAAA